CCCUGGUGGUUCUGUGCACUUCAGACUGUGAAAGGAGGCUACUCAGAGACCAGAAUCGAAAAGAGGAUCAUAAUCACAGGAGACGACGAUGUGGACCAGCAUCAGGCGCUCGCCAUGGCGAUCCAGGAGGCCAAGCAGCAGCAUCCCGACAUGCUGGUGACAAAAGCAGUGGUCAUCAGGGAAACAGAGUCUCCCACAGAGGAGCAGCGGAGAGCAGAGUCCUGAUCCCAGGACAUGAUGGGGGGGGGCAGGAGAGGAUCCUCCAGCAGAGAGUCUCCUGCCCCACCAAGCAGCAUGCCACCACCCUUCUGCCCCCCCACCCUGUGACACACAGACACCUGAAGAAACUGCCUUCCAUGAAGCAGCAGAUCUCCUCUCCUGUCCCUUUAGACUAAACCAACUGUGACCCGGCCUGGACACCUCCCACUCACUCCUGACCCCCUCCAGGACCAUUCAAGCCCACUAGCUCCUUCGAGAAUGGGAAACCAUCUUCAGUUUGGAAGAUUCAGCGCCGAAUCGGACACCCCCACCACCUCAGAAAUGGAACUGCUUCCUGUUUGAACGACUGCCGUCACUUCCUCCUCCUCGCUUCGGGUUCAAUAAACUGCUGUCUUAUUAGCUUUUUACAUUUUUACCUAUAGAGGAUCUAAUUUAUGUUCUGUGUUUGCCUGUUUAUGAAUUAUAUCAGAUGAUUAUAAUCUGCAUGAUUCAAAUAAUAAUAGCAGAGGGAAUGAGAACACAUAUUAAAGCCCUGCAGAGACGCGGCCCAUAGAAACGCUGACGGUUGGUUGAGCUGCUGGAUCUGGUCCAGCCUCCAGGAACCAAACAUCCUCAUCCCAACAUGACUGUUUAGCUUUAGGUGACGGCAACAAAGGCAGCGCUGCUCACCGUCUUAGGAUUUGUAGAGGAAUUUUUAAUAUAAAUAUUACGUGUUCUAAGUUUUACAAAUUUGAUGGUAUAUUUUUACUUUUUACUUACUUGACUUUGGUUUAACCUGAACUUCUUGUAUUUUUUGAAUAUUGCAGUGAUCUUUUUUGUUCCCUUUGUCUUGAUGCUGAUACACUGGAAGUUAGCGCAUCUUAAAGAGACGUCGCUAGGCAUGGGCCAGUUAUGGCCAUCAAGCUACAAAAGGUUUUAAAACUUUACAGUUUGAAAAAAAAAUAAAACAGUGAAAUUUUCCACCUUUAUGAUUUAACAGAGUAUACUUUUCAAAAUACUUUUAAUUUCAGCCUCCUGGCGCACACUUACAGAAAUGACCAGUUUGGAAACUAAUGCAGAACAAUUAAUCACUUUUAUAAAUCUCAUUUUGUUUUUUACAAAAUAAUUUAGUUGAGAAAUACUUUACUACUUUAAACUUUUCCCACGCUGCCGUCAUAUUCAAGGUUGUCAGGCCAUGAAAGUCUGUCUCCUGUCUCACGAAGAAAGCUGUCCUUAGUUGUUCUUGAGAUUUUGCAGUCCAUAUAGCUCCAGCACUAACUGUAAGCAUAUUUUAUUGAACUGCAGCUCAAAGAAGCCUCUUCCUGCAGGUUAUGCACAAUUUGGAGGUGUGUGCUACUAAUUGCCAGCUGAGAUCCCUUAAUGUUUGUCCAUAUUUAUUUCUCAGAUUUCAUGGCUCAAAACAAACAUUAAUUAAAAGCCUCGUGUCUGUCCAGUAUGAAGUAUGUUUUGUUUAUAUGAAAUGCAACCCCAGAAAAGCCUUUUCUUCCGCGUUAUCUGCAAUUUUGAGGUGUGUGCGCUACUUCAACCCCUUGAAAUAUGUCUACAUUUUGUCCACAUUUAUUUAAGUUCUCUGAUUUUUUUUUUUUUUGAGACAAAACUAGUAUUAAUUGAAAGUCUUGUGUCUGUCCAGUACGCAGUAUGUUCUGGUUAUAUCCUACGAUAAAUAUGUUACUCUUUAACGGAUUCCCUACCAUGUUUAUUCUGCUAACCUUGUACAUGAUGAAUAGCUGACGCAAUUCCAAGUUCUGGUAGGAUAAUAUUAAUCAGUAUGUUAAAUAACAGUAGCGACUGUGAUGGAUCAUAUUAUUUAAAUACUCCCUGAAAAGUUGAAAAGUGACAGAUUAUCGCCGAUGUUCUCUGCUUUCUGUUGGAUUAACUCUCCAGUUAUGCUGUGACUUUGGACUUUUGCUUGAAAGGAGCUGUUCUCCCCAAAGAUACAACACCAUGCAAAAGUAUUCAACCCCCUAGAACUCUCUCACAUUUGAACACAUCUCCACAGUUUAGAGUGCUGUGGUCGUGAUGUGGCAAAAAGGGUCAAACAGGAAAAGGUGGGCGCAAAUAAAGAUGCCCUGUCACACAUAUCCAUAAGUGAGUGACCUUUAAUUCUAUGCAUCACAAAUCAGACAUGAAAACCCCCUCGGAGGCGCCCCUACCCCUAUUAACCCUCUAAGUCUGUGCCGUCAGCCGAGGCGGUGUGGCGAACAGCUUGUGAGGUUCCGCAAUAAGCCGCCAUCUUUCGCAUCCUCUGUCCUCUGAAGGGAGAAAACUGUGAACCCUCACAUGAACCGAAGCGUAACCAAAACCUAGUAAUGAGAAACAGCUGUGGAGCGAGGAGCUUCCCCAACACGUGUGAUCGUGUCAUCGUCCCCACCUGAAACUGUUGACCUGCUGUAGGCGUGUCCAUGGAAACGAGGUUCUAAACCUGCUGACUUUGUAUAUUCUAUUUUACUGUUUUAUUUUCUAUCGGUCACAUGACACUGGACUGUUGUGAGAGCACUUUGCUUCUGCAAACCGCUGCCGAGUUCAGUGAAGGCAUUGAGAAGUCAAACUGACGAAGGUCCGGAUUCUUUGUGUAAAUGGAAUGGAUCAGAAAGUGAUAAUCUAACGGACAGAGGUGCAAUAGAGAUAAGAACACAAAAUGGGUGCCUUAAGUUUUGGAAUUGAUUUUAUGGGAGCACUCAUCAGCUGAAAGCAUCCGAGAUGAAACAAAGCGAACCAGAAAGAACUACUGACUUUAGAAAGUGGACAAGAGGUGAUUCAGAAUUCAGCGUUUUGUUGAAACUGUGGCAGAACAGAUCCUGGAUCAGGAGGUUCACUCAGCGCUGCACCGUUCAGCCUCCACCUUCAGUUCUCCACUGUCGUUUGCUCUACAUUCCCCUAGUGCUUGGUGGUGUGUAUGUCCUGUGUUUGCAUUCAGUUUCGACAGGAAACAAACCUGCAUAAAUAAAUGUCACUAUGA